UGCAAGAUUGAAACUCUCCUCCUUUCUUUUCUCUCUCUUAUUUUCUCCAGACCAGUGGGGUUUUCUGCAGACUGGUCCAUUCCAGCCAAGCCCCAGCAUGUUGUAGGCGGCUGCUACAGACAGCAGACUUGAGUGGAGAUAGCAACAAAAAAGAGAAGAAAGUGAAGGAAGGGAAAACAGAGGAAGAGACCUGGUGCCAUCCCAACAUCCUGGAUCAAGCUAUUGCACUUGAUGGGUGGACCAUGAUCCGCACCAACAGAACACAAGACUAAGUAAGUCAACAUGACCCCAUUGGACCAGGUGGACCAGCAGUGAGCCCGAUCCAGCUGGAAGAGCACACACCAAUACACACCUAUCUACAGUACUCUGAUUUGGACAUGAAUGGGAAGGUGAAUAGUGCUGCUGAAAGGAUCACUCAUUCUAAAAGUGCCAACAUGGUGUCAGACCUGUCUCCAGAAGCCCAGCCUUACACCCGGAUGUCUCGUACUCCCAGGAAGGCAGCUACAUUUGGGAAGCGCUCCAACUCUAUGCGCAGGAACCCCAAAGCAGAGGUGACCAAAGAGGGAUGGCUGUACAAGCAGGCCAGCAGUGGAGUGAAGCAGUGGAACAAGAGGUGGUUCGUCCUCACUGACAGAUGUCUGUUCUACUACAAAGAUGAGAAGGAGGACACUGUGUUAGGAAGUUUGCCACUGCUCAGUUUCCGGAUUGGAGGAGUGGACCCUUUGGAUAACAUCACCCGCAAGUUUGCCUUUAAGGCAGAGCACGCUGGGACCAGGACAUAUUACUUCAGCACAGACAGCCAUGAGGAGCAGGAGGAGUGGAUCAGAGCCAUGAGCGAGGCUGCAGAGGUCACCGCUAAGCCAACACAGAGAACAAACUUGGACACCACAGCUCUCAACCACGCCCUGGUGACCCAGGCACCCGACCCCCAAACACAAGAGCAUCCACAGGCACGCACACACAACAAAACUGACAAUGACCCACCCCACCACCAUAAGAUCAAUGGGGUAGACAACCUUGAUACACCCCCACCCUCCACCCCUUGCUCCAAUCAGGAGGGAAAGAAGAACAAUGGGAGACAAUGUGAAGGUGGAGGUGAAGAUGAAGGUGGAGGACCUGGUUGUGGCCAAGCUGCUCUCUCAAACCACCACCCAAAUGGCUGGGGCAACUACGGUCCUCCCAACACCAUGCCCCACAACAGCAACAGCCAACCCCCUCCAUCCAGGAGUCACAGCGGACAUCAUGCCCCUCAGGGACAUCCUGAAGGGGGUGUCGGCACAGCACACGACCCCAAGGAGCAACAGGAGAACGUGGUGCUGAGAAGGGGUUUUGUUCCCAGGACAACUCCAGAGAGGGUGGCACAGAGGAAGAGUUCAAUGGCCCAGCUGCAGCAGUGGGUCAACCAGCGGCGCGGCAUGGCCUCCCAGGAGGACAUCAACAGCCCAUCUCGUUAUUACCCAGUGAACCGAGGGGUCUCAGCCGACUACUACGGCUACCCUUGUGGCCCCCAGUAUAUGGAGGAGUACCCUCUCUACCCACCAGGGGUCCGACCGGAUAGCAUCUGCUCCGUCUCUGCUGUGGGUGGAUAUGACCGCCGCUGGACUGUUGAGGAGAAGCGCCGCUCCCUGAGGGAUGGACCCCACCAGUUGUAUGGACCACCAAUGUCCAGGGAUACAUGGGGACCACAGUACUAUGGUGGAAUGGAAACCACCAUGAGGCGUCUGUCCAUCCAGCCACGCUCCAGAUCUGUGCCCAGGUCACCAUCCACGUCAUCGGGUGGGCCCUACUCACCAGUGCCACCGAACUUUGCCUCACCAGCUCGAUCGCCAUCUGCCCACUUUGACAGGUUUCCAGGAAGAAUGAGGGACGACGUGAUCUAUGCCGAUCCAUCCGUCUAUAGCCUGAGGAGAUCCCUCAGCUCACCAAAAUAUGACUACCCUGGUGAUAGGAGGUCCUUAAGCCAAGGAUUAUACCACUACAACUACCCUGUAUCCCCUUCCAUCCACAAUAAAAUGGAGGACAUAUUAGACCUUCAGCUCCAGCGCAACCUGGAGUACCUAGACCAGCAGGUGCCUCCUUUCCAUGAUGUCUACAGCAGAGAGUUACAUCCUACGCUGAAGCUCAAUGAGAUUGAAACCAGUAAACUCUUGGGUCGACUGUGUGAGCAGAACAGAAUAAUGAAAGACCAUGAGGCUGUUGUCCACAGACUGAGAAUGGACAAGGACAGCCUAGAGGAGGCAUUGGUGGCAACUCAUCAAGAGAUGGAACUGUAUCAUAACCAGCCUCUGGCCAUGGAAAAGCUGCAGUUCAAAAAGGAAACCCUGCAGAACCAGCUUAUAAACAUCAGAGGAGAGCUCUCCCAGGCUUCCAGUGCUUUAACCACCACUCGUAUGGAGUUUGAAGCAUUAGAGGAUGAGGCUAAUGCCAUCCAUGGAGAUCUAUGGGAGCAGCUUAAUGCAGGAGUGCAGAGUGAACUGGUCCGAAGGCACAUCCAGAAAGAGUUUUGGAGAGUCCAGGAUGUGUUAGAGGGAUUGCACAAGAAUAACUCAUCCAGAGGCACUGACACAGCCAAGCACAGAGUGGCCUGCGGUGCAUCAGGCUCCUUUAGCACCAAUAGUCCAGCCAGUCCCCUGAGCUCAGUAAGCCUCACCAGCCCACUCAGCCCCUUCUCCCCAGUGCCCGGCUCCCAGGCCUCCCCCACCAAACAGCUGGGCCCGGAGGAAAGUGUUCCCCCAAGACCUCCCCUCCCUAAAUCCUAUUACCCUUUGGAGCCCUCCCCCACUUUCCCUCCCUCCAUCCCCCCCCCGCCCUUUGACAGCACCGCCUGGCUACGCAGCUUGGGCAUCGAUGAUGGUUACCUUGAUGGUGAAGAUUCUCACAUCAGAAAGUCCAAGUUUGGAGAACAGAACAAUAUGAGUGACAUGCAGGACCACAUCCAGGACAGGCAAUCCACCAUGAAUAAAGUUGGCAUUGUUCCUCCAAGAACCAAGUCACCUGCUGAUGAAUCAUACAGCAGCUCUGCUGGAGUUUCCCGGCAUAACAGCAGAUUGCCUAAUGGAAUGUCUAGGGAGCGUCCAAAGAGUGCUGUGUUUCCUGCAGAGGUGAAGUCGAAGAUGAGCGUGGAGGAGCAGAAUGAACGAAUCCGUCGCAACCAGAGCAGCUCUAUGAGGGACAAGAGGCGGAGCCUAAACCUAUCAGGUGGCCAGUCUACAGCCAACUACAAAGUGGUUCGUAGGCGGCUGACAGCUCAUGAGAUUGACAUCAAAGACUUAGAGGCAGCGGUUAGAGGACCGGGGCUGGAGUCUCCUCGGGAGGAAAUUGCUCGGCUGAGACGGUUACAAGUUGAACCAGAGCACUACGACCUGGAUAUCAACAAAGAGCUGAUGGCUCCUGACAAGGUUCUGAUCCCAGAGCGCUACCUGGAUGUAGAUGAUACCUCUCCUCUGAGCCCAGAGGAGCAGAAGGAGAAGCAGAAAAAACUGGAGCGGAUCAAGACCCUCAUUGCUAAAUCAAAUCUGCAGAACAUGGUUCCUCUCCUGGAUGGACCAGUGGAGGGUGGAGCUUCGGUCAGCUCCCAGCAGCAGUUGCAGGAGCAAGAGAAGCGUAUUGAGAUCUCCUGUGCUCUGGCUGCAGAGGCCUCUCGUCGCAGCCGCCUUCUCUCUGCUCAGUGCGUCUCCAGUCCCCCCACCUCCCCGACCAGCCUGGCCCCUCCCCCUUCCUCUGCUGACUUCCCCAACUCUGCUCACAUCAUGAAGGUGUGAGACUGACCAGUUCAAGCCCUGGCUGCUGUCAAGUUUGAUGGAGCAUCUUUCUGAGGAUUCACUAGACAAGUUGAACAAUGAAGAUUGCCCCAAACAAAUGACUUUGAAUUUUUUUAGCACCUAAACUGAAACAACAAAAGCAUGGAUAUCUGUCAAAGGAGGUUCCUUGGAGGCAAGAGCAAAUUUACAUCCCACAUAGAAGAUACAAAGACUUAAAAGCUCAUGUCCCCAAACUUCAGUUCAUCCAACCCACAACUGUUGCCCAACAUGUGUGCCCAGGCGCACAAAGGAAGACUCCAGUUCUCUUACCUGAUUCAAGAGGUAUAAUAUUUCUAUAAAAUUUAGCUCAGGACAUAUUCUACAAAAUAGAGAUUACUGAUGAACUAUGAUGAGGAUGAUGAAAUGUUUUACACUCACUAUGACAAAAAGUGAUUGAACUUUGAGGUUUGAUGUGGAUCAGUUAACAUGGGGAAACUACAUAUGAGAGGCCCACACUGGAGAUAAACCAGCAGAGGAACUUCAGAGAUAAAUAAAGAGGGAGAGUUUGGGACAUGGCCAGAUGAAUGUGACUGAGGUUGUGUAUCUGGAUACUAAAACCAGAGGAGGAUGUUCAUUAUCAAUUCAUCUCCAUACCAACCAUGGAAAUCCCCCAGUGGCUCCUGGCCCAGUAAGGAUCAAUGACUGAGGUUUGGUAUUUUCCCACAGUGACACAUAUUCUUACACUUUGACAACCAACCAUAACAAGAGUGAAGCCUCUUGCCCUUUGUGAAAAGCUGAGCACUCUCCUUCUGAACUCACUGUGAUGCCGGUUUCACCUAGACCUCCAUUCCCUACCCUACUCCUAUCCUAUCAGCCUGAUCUCCUAUCAGUUGCACUCAUAUGCAAACAUUAGCAUUACAUACAUUUUGGGGGGACAAGUAAUUACACCUGGAUUAUGUUUAACUUUAAUGCAUCAUCCAUCUUUCACACCAAACACACCAGAGUGCAAUAGUUUAUGCAAGGCAGAGCUGAAGAUGAAGAGCAUUUCAUAAACCACGACUCAUCCUACAAAGUUGCUAACUACAGCUACUUGUCCCAUGGCAGAAUCAGAAUAUGGUAUAUGUGAAACACAGUAUUCAUUUUCUAACCUGGUAUCCCCACUCUCUCUCAAAUUUGCUGUCAUGCUCAAGAUUUUUUAUUCAACUACUGUAGAAUCAGGCAGUAAAGCCCCUGACAUCAGAGAUGCACAAAAUGAACUCCACCUUCAUUCUUUCUUUCCCAUCAUUACUGUUAUCAUCAUACCUUUCACCUGCUGUCAGUGAUGGAAUUCCAUUGUUCAGUGAGGUCAGCUUAUUUUGCCCUGUGCAGUGUUGCCCUGGUGUGUUUGGUGUGCCCUGUCAGAUUGUUCAAGCAGAAAAUCUUUUGUUUUAGUUGAAAUAAGAUCAUUUUGUGUUAUCUGCAUGAUUAAGUGUUGUUAGACACUAGGACAGACACACUCACUGUGGUUGGACUCGCUGAUAUACUUUUGUUCAGUCUAAAGUCUGUUCAAACCUGAGCUGCCACAAAGGAAGUGACACCAUCUUCCCCAAUCUCUAUCAAUCCAUCAUUGAAAUGAGCAUAACGGCAGGAAUGGAAUGUGUACUUGAUAGACCAUGCGUAUUUCAACUUUUGCAAUAGCAGAUUAAAAAAAAUUGGAGGGGAGUGACACAAUCCUCUCUUCUGAUGUAAAGAAGCAUCUGUAUGAGGCAGCAACAAAGCCAAAAAGGAGAGACAGAAAUUGCUUUAAGACAAAGGUAAGUUCAGAAGCUUUUUCUUGGUGGAAUUAAGAGUUUUCACUUUAAUUGUCUCACAGCAUGUGCUCAUGGAAACUACAGUAUGGUAAGUGCAGUAAGGUUUCAGCAAAGGCAAAGAUAAAGAUGGUGGUCAUCAGGUGGUUAGACAAUGAAGAUGUUAGCACAGACUGUAGGUAGGAAACAUUAGAGUUCCUGGGACAUUUAAACAGCCAUCCACCAAUCAGACCUGCACACUGUCACUGUACAUUGCUGAAUGGAAACCUCACAUGUCUGAGCUGUUUUGGCACAGAACAUUGGCACUAAGUAUAAUUCUCUAAUCCAGUACCAUUGCAUAUGACUGUAAUUCAUAUGAGACUGAGUUGCAUCCACUAUCGCUUUGCAGCAUUUGGUGAUAGUGUCACAUUUGGUUAAAUCAGCAUAGUGCUCAAGAAAUUACCCCAGUGAUUAUCUACAGAUAUAGGUAAAGUAUGUUGGAUAUAUGUUUAUAAAUGGUAAGCUGUAUGUGGAAAGUGAAAAUAGAAGUGACCUUAGAAGUGUAACUCUGUCUGUGUAAAGAGAAACUAGCUAAUGAUGCAGUCAUUUGAGAGGAAAUAUACUGGAAAAUACUGUCAUGUAGCAUAUCCCAACAAGAUCUCAUCCCAUCAUGCAGUGCCAUAAGUCUGAAACAUGUCUGUGUGUUUGUUGUGAUGAAUGGACAUAUUCAUGUAAUGACUUGCAAAGGAGUUUGAAUCUGGAGGAAAUGCAAUGAUUGAUGCUACCACUGGAGGGCACCAAGGUUAGGAAUGUUCAAAAUCUGAACAUCAUGGUUUAGUGGCAACUUAGUGGCAUAGUGAUGAAACUCCAAAAAGACCAAUAUUAUAAAAUUGAAUAAAACAUUUUGAAAUUUUAAAAAUAUGGUUUGAAUGAAUACAAAAAAAUAUAA